UAUACCUAUUAGUUCCUGGAAUUAAGUUCAUAUAUUAACUUUUGAGGUUCUAUAUGUUGUGUAUUGAAGCCCCUGUUUUUUUUUCUUUUCUUUCUCUUAAGUCAUAGCCAAUAAGUCAAUAACAACACGACUAACAGCAGAGGGCGCCAUUGCUUUUACUCAGCGGAUCACGUAAAUGCUCACACACCGCAACUAUUAAUUUAAAGGAUUGAGUGGAAACGAUCAAGACGAUUGUGUGUAGCCUACUUAUAAUCCAUCACAAUAUAGCCUGCUUAUCAUAAAUACUAUUGUCAGUGUUUAAACUAGUUUGUGUUUGCCCUGUUGUUAAUGACCACAUUGUAUAUUCUGUAAUAAGCGGUCAUUUGACUGAAGCUAUAUUGACCAGGAUAAAAUAGAGAAUUAGCUAGGGUAAUGCAUUUUAACUCAUUUUCGUACUCUGUCAGUCUCGUACGUUUUCGCACACACUACAGGGGUAACAGAAUCUCAGGUCAGGCGUAGGGCUUAUAAAUAGACUUUUGUCAGUUCAGUUUCCUUGUGGUUUAUCUUUGCCAUGGGUUACUUAACUAACUAGUGUCACUUACUAUCAUGUAAGUAAAAUUAUUUCCCUUACUAAAAGGACUGAAACUAAAUGCUCUGUCCGUAGCAUCAUGCAAUUGGCGUUUAAUUAAUUUUUUUGUUAAAUUAGCACAAAGCACUUCUCUGUGGCAGAGAGGAAUAGGACAAAUCAUAUGCCCUUUAUUAAGAUCACAAUAGGAAACACCGUGCGUUGGAACUUGUUCGGGGGUCCUUUUCCCACAGUGAUGGGAGGGGGGCGUUCUUUCUUUGCAAACCGCCUGCAACAACUAAGCCGCUUCACUGACUCAUUUAAAAGCCUAUGCUGCAGGUUGGAGCGACCAGGAAAAGUCAGCGUUGUUGGAACUAUAAUUAUUAGCCCGACCAAAGGGCUCAUUUUCUCCGCCAUGCAAUACAAACUCUAAAUACACGGAUUUGACUGUCAGGAUUGCGAGCUGCUUUGAAGUUGUGUUGAAAGGUUGGACUGGAUUCAAAACCGCAUCGCAUUCUAGAUCGGAUGCUCGGUGAUACCUGCUGUGUCUGUUCUUGACUUCGGAACUUGUGUCAGACGCCCAGCCGAGACGUUGUCUCGUCUUUUGUGGUAUCGGAACAUUUUUAUGAAUUCAAGAAAACAAUAAUGAUUCGGAUUUAACUAGAGAUCGCAUUUUUCCUUUGGAUUAAUUCCAUUUCAUGCCGUAAGCAUGGGUCUCGUGUGGAUUCUCAUUGCUACUCUCACUGGAAUAGGCACCAUCUCUAAAGAAACAGAAGGAGCGUGCGUCUAUCAAGGCUCCCUGUUUGCGAACAAUACAUCAUGGAGGCCAGAUAGUUGCCAAGACUGCACCUGCCACAGUGACAUUGCAAUCUGCAAGCCUCUACGCUGCCAGAACCCAAAGUGUGACUUCCAGAGGGGAGAGCGCUUGAGAAUACCACCCAGCCAGUGUUGUCCCGAGUGUUUCCCACAGUCUCCCGCCUCUUGUCAGCAUGAAGGAGCCAUCUACGGGCCCAACAGCCAGUGGAGCGGCUCCAAGUGCUCUGUCUGCGUCUGUUCUCAAGGGAAAGUCUCCUGCAGCCCCCCGCCCUGCCCUGCCCUGAGCUGCGGCCCUGAUGAGAGCCCCUUCGUGCCGACCGGGGAGUGCUGUCCCAAGUGUGCCCGCCAAGGAGCGUCCUGCUCGUGGGAGGGUCUGGAGUAUAGGGAUGGGGAGGAGUGGAGGCCCAGCCCCUGCUCCAGCUGCCAGUGCCUCUCUGGACGUGUCCAGUGCUCCACAGCUGAGUGCCAGCCCAUCACCUGCAAGCCAAGUGAGAACCUGGUGAUCCAGCCUGGACAGUGCUGCCCGCAGUGUGUGCCCAACCCUUGCCUGGCGUCGGGGAAGGAGUAUAAGCAUGGUGAGCAGUGGCAGAAGAACAGCUGCGCGACGUGUGUGUGCGACCAGGGCCACUCGCGCUGUCACACUCAGACCUGCCCCAAACUCACCUGCACCAAGGGCGAGACGAAAGUGAAGCGUCUGGGCCAGUGUUGUGAGGAGUGUGCCGCCGCCAAAGGCACCUGCCUGUACGAGGGUGCAGUGCGUUACCACGGCGACAUGUGGAACGGGACCGGCUGUGAGUUCUGCCUGUGUGAGCGCGGCCAGGUGCUGUGUCAACGGGCCGAGUGCGGCCGAAUGGAGGCCUGCCUGCCGGGGGAGGAGCUGGUGCAUUUGCCAGGAAAGUGUUGUCCAGAGUGUAAAGCUGGGCUCAGCUCCUGUGUCUACACACCUCAACAACAACAGGGGCAGGGGAAGCCGAGUCAGAGGCGUCUAGCCGACCUGGAGAAGUUCAGAGAGGGCCCCUGCCGGGAGUGCCAGUGUCGGGAGGGGCGCGUGACCUGCUACCAGCCCUCAUGCCCCACCUGCCCGCUCGGCACGCUGUCCGUCCCGGUGGAAGGGCAGUGCUGCCCUGAGUGCCAGGAUGUGGCAUGCAACCAGGACUGCAUGACGUGCUCCAGGAGCCCGGAGCACUGUGACAGCUGUAAGGACCCCGGGGCUCUGGUGUGGAGCGGCCACUGUGUGCAGGCCUGUCCCCACGGCUUCCACUCCAGCGGCAGACAGUGCAAAGCCUGCCAGCCGGGCUGUGCCACCUGUGAGAACGACUUUGAGUGUUCCUCGUGUGGAGGGUCCCUGCUGCUGAGCAACAGGCAGUGCGUGGCCGCCUGUGAGGGGGGCUUCUUCCAGGACCACACACAGUGCCUGCGCUGCCAUGAGUCCUGUUCCUCCUGCCGUGGUCCCGGUGAAGAGGCCUGCCUGACCUGCUCGAGCUCCGCCCACCUGCUCAAAGAUGGGCGCUGCGUGGCAGAGUGCGGCGUCAGUUUCUUCUCCAGUGGCGGCGGCUGUUUUGCCUGUGAUCCUUCCUGUGCUACCUGUAACCCUGACAACCCCAGCUGUUUGAGCUGCCCCACAGACUUUGUGUUGCAUCAUGGGAAAUGUAUUGCCCAGUGUCCGGAGCAGCACUACAGAGACAGCCACGGCAGAUGCAGAGCAUGCCACAGCUCGUGCGCCUCCUGUUCGGGCCCCUCUGUAUCCCAGUGUUCCUCCUGCUCCGGAGGGCUUCCGCUGCACCGCGGCCAGUGUGUGGACACCUGCGACGAGGGCCUCUUCUCCGGAGACGGACGGUGCCACAGCUGCCACCCCUCCUGCCGGGCAUGUGGGGGCCCCGAGGCCUCUGACUGUGUGCUCUGCCUGAAACCAGAGGAGGCGCUGCAGCCCCGGCUCCCCCACCUCCCCCACGGCUCCUGUGUGGCCCACUGCGGUGCCCACUCUUAUCUGGACUCCGACCGCACCUGCAGAGCGUGCCAUGAGUCCUGUACCCAGUGCACCGCUGGAGGCUCCCAGAGCUGUACUUCCUGCACCCGCCAGGCUGUAUUGUACCAGGGCCAGUGUGUCCACUCCUGCCCACCUGGCUUCCACGCCCAGGACCAUACCUGCCAAGCCUGCCACCCAUCCUGCCAGGAGUGCAGCGGUCCGUCCCAGGCGGACUGCUCCGUCUGCCCGCCCCACGCCGCCCUGCACAACGGCUACUGCAGAACCAGCUGCCCCGAGGGCCAGCACCUCACCGCAGCAGGACACUGCGCAGAGUGCCAGAGUGAAUGCCAGCGCUGCACGGCGGACCUCCAGGCGGGCGUUGGCACAGUCUGCCUGUGGUGUAAGGUGCCCAGGACGCUCCUGCUGGGGGACAGCUGUGUCACUCAGUGCCCGGCACGCCAGUACCAGUGGCACGGCGCCUGCAAGAAAUGUCAUUCGUCCUGUGAAAGCUGCAGUGGGGAGGGCCCCCUGGCCUGCACCUCCUGUGUGGCCCCUGGCAUGCUGCUGCCCACAGGCCUGUGCGGGCCCCAGUGCCCCAUGGGAUACUACGCAGAUGGGGAUCGCGUGUGUCGAGUGUGUGACAGCCAGUGCCUGACGUGUGAAAUGGCGGGAGUGUGCACCUCCUGCCGGGACUCUGCCAAAGUGCUCCUGUUCGGGGAGUGCCAGUAUGAGAGCUGUGCUCACCAGUACUAUCUGAACUCCAGCACCCGCACCUGCAGAGAGUGUGACUGGAGCUGUAACGCCUGCCGCGGCCCGCUGCACACCGACUGCCUGCAGUGCAUGGAGGGCUACGUGCUGCAGGACGGCGUCUGCGCCCCGGGCUGCUCCGACGGCUUCUACCAGGACGGAGAGCGGUGUCUGAGCUGUGAUGACCAGUGUGCGAAGUGCCAGGGCCCCGACCAGUGCCAACGCUGCCAGCCUCCCUAUGCCAGCCUGCAGGGCCAGUGUGUGCGGGAGUGUGGCACGCGCCACUAUCGGAACUCGGCUCUGCAGCAGUGCGCAGCUUGCUCCUCCGGCUGCCUGCAGUGCGAGGGGGAAAGCUGGUGCAGCGUCUGCGAAGAGAACUUCUUCCUGAAAGAUGGCCUCUGCACACCCGACUGCGGUCAAGGUUACUAUGCCGACUGGAAAGGCCGCGUUUGCCAAGCCAACACCCACGCUCCCGUGCUGCACGUGAACGGCUCCCUGCUGGUCCCCGCGGGCGGGGUGCGUCCGCUGGACGCCUGGCUGCUGCGGGCGGAGGACCGGGACAGCCCUGCGAAGAACCUGCUGCUGCAGCUGCUGCAGCCGCCCACCAACGGCCUGCUGGUGCGGCUGCAGGACGGCGGCGAGAGCACGCUGCACCGCGACCAGACCUUCACCCUGGCCGAGCUGCGCGACGGCGCGCUCCGGUUCAGCCACUCCUCCGACAAGCCCCUGAGUGGACAGUUCACCUUGCGUGCAGCUGAUCCUCAGCUUUUCUCGCAACCCGUGGCUGUUCCUGUCCAGGCUGUGUCUCAGCAGCCUCCUGUCGUGCUGACCAACCGGCCCCUGGUGGUUGACGCUGGUCAGUCGGCAGUGGUCUCCCGGACAACUCUGCAGGUGGACGACCCAGACAACCCGCAGGACGUGCUGCUGAUGGUGCUGGAGCCGCCGCGGCACGGCCGACUGACGCGUCUCCACGGCGACCGCCCGCUGACGCAGUUCAAGCUAGAGGAGCUGUGGCGCGAGCAGGUGCAGUACGUCCACGAUGGCUCCGUCGCCCCCGGUGACAGCCUCCUGCUGCAGAUCAACGAUGGACACAGCUACCGGAACCUUCUCUUCCACAUCCAGGUCACCCAAAAGAAUGCCAACACACCUCACAUGCUGUCUCUGCCUAUGACCUGGGUGAGAGAGGGAGGGAUGGUGCAGCUCUCUAAGAAGUACCUGAAGGCCGAGUACAAGGGCUCCAGUGAUGCAGAGAUCCUCUACACCAUAACCACUCCUGACGGCACACCCAAACACGGUGAGGUUCUGCUGGUGCCGCUGCCGGCGGACGGUCCGGUGGCCGGCUGGCACUCGCUCCCCGAGGGCACAGACUCCACACCCACCACCUCCUUCACCCAGCAGGACGUCAAUGAAGGCAUUGUGUGGUACCGCCACCUGGGCGCCAGCACUCACAGGGACACCUUUCACUUCCAGGUGUCGAGCGAAGCCCAUCCAGACACCCUCAGUGAUGCACAGACCUUCACCAUCGGAGUCGUGCCUCAGAUACCUGGCAUGCCCCAGCUCUCAGUCGGAGCUGACCUACAGGUCACGGCUCUCGAAGAUCGCGUGACGUUGAUAACCCCCACUGCUCUGUCCUUUGUGGACUCUGAGACGCCUAGCGACAAGCUUAUCUACAACAUCACCAAGCCCCUCGCCCCUGGCCACGGCAUGGUGGAGCACAGAGACAGGCCCUACAGCCCCGUGCGCUCCUUCACACAAGCCGACGUUGAUGCCGGGAAGAUCCUCUACCGUCCACCCACGGCGCCCUCCCACCUACAGGAGCUGUACCAGUACUCUUUCACUGGUCUUCCCGAGUCGGUGAGCCUCCAUUUCACAGUGUCUGAUGGCGAAUUCACCACCCCUGAGAUGGACUUUGCCAUCUUGCUCCUGGCCAACCACCAUCAGCCCCCCGUCUUUCAGAUCCUGGACCCCGUGCUAGAGGUCACCCUGGGAGGCAGAGCACCAGUCGGAGGGCAGCAGCUGGCAGUGACGGAUGCGGACACGGCCCCCGAUGAGCUGGAGUUUGAGCUGGUGGAGGCUCCAGCGCACGGCAACCUCGUCAGGGUAGACUUCAGCUCCCAGACACCCAUGAGCGCCGGUGACACCUUCACUUUCAGUGACAUCACCCGGAACAUCCUGCAGUACGAGCACACAGGCCUGACAGCCGAGGACGACUCCAUGGCCUUCUCGGUGACAGACGGCAUCUCCAUGGCGACGGCCACCGUGCAGGUGGCGGUGGCGGAGGUGGGCGGCGACGGGCCCAGGAGAGACCCCAAUGCCCUGCUGGCCAUGGAGGUGUCGGAGAAGAGCAGCACGGUCAUCACCCGCUCCCACCUGGCCUACAAGGACGAUAGCUCCAAGGAUGAGAAGAUCCGCAUCCAGCUGGUGUCGGUACCCAUGUACGGCAUCCUCACCCGCAGUGGUGCAGCAUCAGACCCAGAGGAGCUGAGCGAGUACUCCUCCUUCACCAUGGAAGAUAUCAACCGCCGCCGACUACGCUAUAUCACAUCCUUUGAGACAGGGAAUCAGCCCGUCACUGACAUCUUCCAUUUCAUUGUGUACGACGGCGAAAACAAUCGCCUUGACAACCAGAUGUGCACCAUCACCAUCACCUCGGUGCAGAGGCAGCCGCCCGUGGUUACCGUGCACAGUGGCAUCAAGGUUCAGGAAGGGGGCAGGGUCCAGCUGUCAGCCAAUCACAUCCUCGCCACGGACCCGGACACUUCCAAGAAGGAUCUCAUGGUGUGGCUGGUCAGCCCCCCAAAGUACGGCUUCAUCGAGAACACGAGGAGAGCGGGGGCAUCUGGUGGCGCUCAGGUCAUCAGCACAGAAGUGCCCUUCACCGUGGAGGACCUAAACGGCGACCACAUCUUCUACGUGCAGAACGUGCGGCAGGCCAACGUCCACCAGGACAUAUUCAGCUUCUACAUCAGCGACGGUUCCAGCCAGACCGAGGCCUUCUUCGUCAACAUCGACAUCCAGCAAAGUAAGGAGGACAAAGUUCCGAUCGUGUCGGUGAACAACAUCCAGGUGGAGGAGAACUCGGGGGUGGUAAUCACCAACUCCUCGCUGCACGUGCUGGACCUGGACACGCCUGAGAACGAGAUCAUCCUCACUAUCACCAAGAAGCCUUCUUACGGUAAGCUGCGGCGGCGACAGUUCUACUCGCAGCCCCUGGAGAACGGCCGCGUGCUGAGCCAGGGCUCCACCUUCACCUACCAGGACGUGCUGGACGAGCUGCUGGUGUACACGCCCGACGGCCUGGGCCUACGCACCGACGAGGUGCGCUUCUCCGUCACCGACGGCGUGCACACCGAGUCGGGCCGCCUGGAGUUCACCAUGGAUGUGAAGAAGAGCGAAACGCCCAGGGCCACCAUCAACCGAGGCCUGCAGAUGGCAGCAGGUGCCUCAUCAAAAAUCACCGAGCAGCAUCUGAAGGGCACAGACGUGGACUCGGAAAACCUGAAGCUGCGCUUCACCCUGACCAAAGACCCCACCGUGGGCAAACUGCAGCUGGCCAAAGGCAGGAGCAAGGUCCUGCUGUCUGCCCGCGGAGCUGUCAAAAGCUUCACCCAGGAGGACAUCAACAAAGGAUUUGUGGAGUACAUCCACGAGAAGGGUGAGAACGGAGGCAGCUUCUCCUUCAAGUUUAACCUGCAGGACCCCGAGGGCAACAAGCUCAUAGAUCAGUCCUUCUUCAUCAGUGUGCUGGAGGACCGUCUUCCCCCCACGGUGACGGUGAACAAGGGUCUGGUCCUGGACGAGAACUCGGUGAAGAAGCUCACCACGCAGCAGCUGUCUGCCUCCGACCAGGACAGCGAGCCCGGCGAGCUCAUGUACCGCCUGACCAAUCCGCCGCAGCUUGGCCACCUGGAGCACGUCACCUCCCCCGGCACACACAUCAGCACGUUUACCCAGGCAGACCUGGCCUCCCGCAGUGUGCAGUAUGUUCACACCAGUGAGGAAGAGAAACACUCUGAUGACUUCACCUUCACCGUCUCAGAUGGUGCUAAUGAGAUCUCACAGACGUUCUACAUCACCAUUCGGCCUGUGGACGACUCGCUGCCUGUAGUGCAGGUGCCAGGGAUGCGUGUGCAGGAGGGGGUGAGGAAGACCAUCACUGAGUUUGAGUUGAAGGCCACCGACGCUGACACAGAGGAGGACGCCAUCACCUUCACCGUGGUCCAGCCGCCCCGGCACGGCACCAUCGAGCGCACCAACAAUGGCCAGCACUACCGGCAGACCAGCACCUUCACCAUGGACGACAUCUACCAGAAUCGCAUCAGCUACAACCACGACGGCAGCAACUCACUCAAGGACCGCUUCACCUUCACCGUGGCCGACGGCACCAACAUGUUCUUCCUGGUGGAGGAGGGCGGCAAGGAGAUUGUGACAGCUGCCCCUCAGAAGUUUAAGAUUGACAUCCUCCCUGUGGACGACGGAACGCCUCGCAUCGUCACCAACCUGGGCCUGCAGUGGCUGGAGUACAUGGACAAUAAGGCCACAAACCUCAUCUCAAAGAAGGAGCUGCUGACUGUGGACCCUGACACAGACGAUGGCCAGCUGGUCUAUGAGGUCACCACAUCGCCCAAACACGGAUUCCUAGAGAGCAAACUCAAGCCCGCCAACCCUAUAACCACAUUCACUCAAGCGGACAUCAAUCUGGGUCUGAUUCGCUAUGUGCUGAACGAGGGCAGCGUCAAGGAGACCAGCGACAAUUUCAAGUUCCUGGUGAAGGACAGCAAGCCCAACGUCGUCAGCGACAACAUGUUCCACAUUCAGUGGUCCCUCAUCAGCUUUGAGCACAAGAGCUAUAAUGUGAGUGAGAAGGCAGGCACCGUAGCCGUGACCGUGAAAAGGACGGGGAAUCUGAACCAGUAUGCCAUCGUCCUGUGCCGGACAGAGCAGGGCACUGCCACCUCCACAUCCAGUGUUGGCUCUCGCCCUGGACAGCAGGACUAUGUGGAGUAUGCCGGACAGGUCCAGUUUGAUGAAAGAGAGGACACCAAGGUGUGCACCAUCGUCAUCAACGACGACCAGGUGUUUGAGAACAUCGAGAGCUUCGACGUGGAGCUGAGCAUGCCCGUGUACGCCCUGCUGGGCCAGGUCACCCGCGCCAACGUCAACAUCAACGACACGGAGGACGAGCCCUUGCUGCAGUUCGACAAGAAGACCUACCACGUCAACGAGAGCACCGGCUUCGCCUUCGUUCCCGUCGAGAGGAAAGGGGACACGAGCAGCACCGUCUCCGCCCUCUGCUACACCGUUCCCAAGUCCGCCAAGGGCAGCAGCCUGCACGCCCUGGAGUCCGGCUCCGACUACAAGACUCGUGGCAUGUCCAACGACAACCGUGUGAUCUUCGGGCCGGGGGUGAGCAUGUCCACGUGCGACGUCAAGCUGAUCGACGACAGCGAGUACGAGCUGUCGGAGGAGUUCGAGCUGGUCCUGUCGGACGCCUCGGACAACGCACGCACGGGUGGCGUUACGGUGGCCAAGGUGGUGAUCGACGGACCCAACGAUGCCUCUACCGUAUCCCUGGGCAACGCGACGUUCACCUACAGCGAGGAUGCAGGAACCAUUGAGAUCCCAGUGGUGAGGCAUGGCAGUGACCUCUCCUCAGUGGCAUCUGUGUGGUGCGCCACCAGACCCGCCGAUCACGACUCGGCCACUCCCGGCGUGGACUACAUCCCCAGCUCCAAGAAAGUGGAGUUCAAGCCAGGUGUCAAACAGGAGACCUGCAGCCUCACCAUCAUGGAUGAUGUCCAGAACCCCACCAUUGAGGGGACAGAGUCCUUCGUGGUGUUCCUGAGUUCUCCGCAGGGUGCCGUCCUUGUCGAGCCUCACGAGGCGUCUGUCCUCAUCAGCGACACCUUCCUGGACAUUCCCAGCAUGCAGUUUGAGAAGGUGAAGUUCACAGUGAAGGAGAAAGACGGUGUCCUGCAUAUCCCCAUCGUCCGUACCGGGGACCUGUCCUACAAGUCGUCUGUCCGCUGCUACACCCGCACCAUGUCUGCCAUGGUGAUGGACGACUUUGAAGAGAGGAGGAACGUGGAUGACUCCCGCGUCACCUUCCUGAAGGGGGAGAGGGUGAAGAACUGCACAGUGAACAUCAACGACGACUCUGUGUUUGAGCCGGAGGAGGAGUUUCAGGUGCACCUGGGUGCCCCUCAGGGCGAUCACUGGGGUGGAGCCAUGAUCGGAGUGAAUGACGUUGUCACGGUCAUCAUCACCAAUGACGAGGAUGCCCCCACCAUUGAGUUUGAACAGGCCUCUUACCAAGUGCGGGAGCCUCCAGGUCCUGAUGGAAUCGAGGUGCUAAACAUCAAAGUCAUCCGCAAGGGAGACCUUGACCGCACCUCCAAGAUCCGCUGCAGCACCCGGGAUGGCUCAGCCCAGUCUGGAGUGGACUACAACCCCAAGAGCCGAGUCCUCAAGUUCAGCCCAGGAAUGGACCACAUCCUGUUCAAGGUGGACAUCCUGUCCAGUGAGGACAGGGAGUGGCAUGAGUCUUUCACAGUGGUCCUUGGCCCAGAUGACCCCGUGGAGGCUGUGCUUGGAGAGAUCACCACGGCAACAGUGACUAUUUUGGAUCAGGAGGCCGCAGGAAGUCUCAUCCUCCCUUCCCCGCCAGUAUUGGUCUCCCUGUCAGACUACGACAAUGUGCAGGAGGUGACCAAAGAGGGCAGCAAGAAGACCCCGUCUCCUGGCUACCCCUUGGUCUGCGUGACCCCGUGUGACCCCCACUACCCCAAGUACUCCGUCACAAAGGAGCGCUGCGAGGACGCGGGCAUCAACCAGACCUCCAUCCACUUCAGCUGGGAGGUGGCAGCUCCCACGGACGCCAGCGGUGCCCGCUCGCCAUUUGAGACCGUGACGGACACCACACCCUACACCAGCGUCAACCACAUGGUCCUGGACAGUAUCUACUUCAGCCGGCGCUUCCACGUGCGCUGUGUGGCUCAGGCGCGGGACAAGGCCGGGCACCUGGGCACACCGCUCAGGAGCAACAUCGCCACCAUCGGCACAGAGGGCUCCAUCUGCCACACCCCCGUUACCACGGGCACCGCCCGCGGCUUCCAGGCCCAGUCAUUCAUUGCGUCCCUCAAAUACCUGGAUGUGAAGCACAAGGAGCACCCCAACAGGAUCCAGAUCUCUGUGCAGAUCCCCCACCAGGACGGCAUGCUGCCCCUGGUGUCCACUAUGCCCCUGCACAACCUGCACUUCCUGCUCUCCGAGUCCAUCUACCGCCACCAGCACAUCUGCUCCAACCUGGUCACCAUCAAAGACCUGCAGGGCAUUUCAGAGACUGGCUUCCUGGAUGAUGUGUCAUACGACAGUAUUUCCCUGGGCCCCGGCUAUGACCGGCCCUACCAGUUCAACCCUGGCGUGAGAGAGCCCAAGACCAUCCAGCUCUACAAGCACCUCAACCUGAAGAGCUGCAUCUGGACCUUCGAUGCCUACUACGACAUGACCGAGCUCAUUGACGUCUGCGGGGGAUCUGUCGCGGCAGACUUCCAGGUACGGGACUCUGCUCAGUCCUUCCUCACGGUGCAGGUUCCUCUGCAUGUGUCCUACAUCUAUGUGACGGCCCCUCGCGGAUGGGCCUCCCUGGAGCACCACACGGAGAUGGAGUUCUCCUUCUUCUACGACACGGUGCUCUGGAAGACAGGUAUUCAGACUGACAGUGUUCUGUCAGCCAGGCUACAGAUCAUAAGGAUUUUCAUCAGGGAAGAUGGACGGCUGGUGAUUGAGUUUAAAACGCAUGCCAAAUUUAGAGGCCAGUUUAUCCCAGAACACCACACCCUUCCUGGGCACAAGUCUCACCUCAUGGCCCCAGACCACUUGGGUGGUAUUGAAUUUGACCUGCAGUUGCUAUGGAGUGCCCAGACCUUUGACUCCCCUUACCAGCUCUGGAGGGCUACCAGUUCCUACAGCAGGAAGGACUACUCUGGGGAGUACACUGUCUUCCUCAUCCCCUGCACUGUGCAGCCUACUCAGCCCUGGAUCGACCCCGGGGACAAACCCCUGUCCUGCACAGCCCAUGCCCCUGAGAAAUUCCUGGUGCCCAUUGCCUUCCAGCAGACCAACCGUCCGGUGCCAGUGGUCUACUCUCUCAAUACUGAGUUCCAGCUCUGCAACAAUGACAAAGUGUUCAUGAUGGAUCCCUCCACUGCAGACAUGUCAAUGGCUGAGAUGGACUACAAAGGAGCCUUUUCUAUGGGUCAGACACUCUAUGGCAGAGUGCUGUGGAACCCAGAGCAGAACCUCAACGCUGCCUACAAGCUCCAGCUGGAGAAGGUGUAUCUAUGCACAGGGAGAGAUGGAUACGUUCCUUUCUUUGACCCUACGGGAACCCUUUAUAAUGAAGGCCCCCAGUAUGGGUGCAUUCAGCCUAACAAACAUCUCAAGCACAGAUUCCUGCUGCUGGAUCGGAAACAGCCAGAUGUCUGUGAUCGUUACUUCCAUGACGUUCCAUUUGAGGCCAAUUUGGUAUCUGACAGUCCUGAAUUUCACUCCGUUAGCGCAAUGCCAGGUGUUGAUGGCUUCACCAUGAAGGUUGACGCCCUUUAUAAGGUGGAGGCAGGACACCAGUGGUACCUCCAGGUCAUCUACGUGAUUGGACCUGAGUCCAGCACCGGCCCACGGAUCCAGCGCUCGCUGACGUAUGAGCUGAAGCGCAGCCGCCGGGACCUGGUGGACCGGUCGGGCCACCUCACACUGGACGAGUCCCUCAUCUACGACAACGAGGGCGACCAGGUGAAGAACGGCACCAACAUGAAGACGCUCCGGCUGGACGUGGAGCCCUCGGCCACCUUGAACCCGCAGGUGGGCAGCUCCAUCGGGGGCGGCGUGGCCGCCGUCACCCUGCUGGUCCUUGUGCUGCUGGCCACCUGCUUCGUGUUCAGGAAGUGCCACCGUGCCGGCAAGAAGAAGAAGCCACCUAAGGACGUGGCCGAGCAGUACCCCCUCAACACCAAGGUGGAGGUGUGCAUCGAGCGGCUGGAGAAGAACCUCAACAGCAAGAGGAACGUCAACCGGAACGUCAACAUUCUCCACAAGAGCCCCGAGACCUACAAGGUGAACGGCGCCAAGGUCAAGCAGGUCAACCUGGAGGUCAAGCUUCACAACAACUUGAACGACGGCACUGAAGUUUGAUCCUUCGCCAAGAGUAUUUUAUGGAAACCCCCCUUAUUUUCUAUCACUGUUUGUAAUUAUGAGAUGAGAUAUUAUUAAUGUAUUUUUAUACGACCAUUACAAAAGGGAAGUGUGUGUGUCAGCUAUGCAGCAUAAAUCAUUUCACAACUGAGCUACCUCAGUGACAAAAAAAAAGAACUCAAAAAGAAGACUCAAGAACCACUUUUACAUGAUGUCUUCUUCUAACAAAUGGUUUUCCAUCUCUGCAGAUGUCUACAUAAAACAUUGCUUUUCUUUCAGGUACAGCAACAUCACCACAGCAACAUAAUCAGGGGUAGCUCAGGCACCUUUACUCCAUAUUACUUUGAUGAAUGAUUCAGUUAUCUGGCAGUUACUUCUUCUUUUACAACGCAAACACUAUAAAAAAAUAAAGUAUUAAAGACACACAAAGAGUGCCAGCACUUUGGACAAAGCAAGCCGUGUAAAUAUUGUUUUAAAAGUGCAAUUACCUGAUGACAUGGUCAUCCCUUCAUUCGCUGCAGGUGUGAGUGUGGAGUUUGGCGCGUAGCCUCAUCGAUGUUAUUAGCUUUUAACUAAACCACUGGUGUGCCAUGGAUGACUGUUAAGUGCGAUUUUUUUUUUUUCUAAAAUCAAGCAAUUGUCCAAAGCAAUUUGUUCUCAACCCAUCAGAACACUGUCUGUAACUUGCCAUUCUGUGACAGAGCAAAAAAGUGUUUUGAUGAAAUGUGCACUUUGAAAAAAAGAAACUACUGUAGAUUGUAUUGACUGUCCACUAGCUCACUCCAAAUGCUGUUUUGCUCCUUUAACCACGUGAUGGUUAAAAAUACUUAACUACUGUUUUAUACAUGUGUACUCCACUUGCUACAUUGUUAUCUGCCAAAUAACCUCAUGUGGUUUUUUUUUAUUGUUAAAUGUACAUACGCAUUCUGAACACAGACACAACCAUGUUGAUUUUUUCUCAUCAUGUUAUGUUGCGUUAUGACAUAUUGUAUUACCCGCAUUCAAUAUAUAAUGUAUGACCGUUAUUUUAAGUAAUCUUUCAAGAUAUGAUUCAUCUGAUGGAUACGAAAUGGUGCUGAUUUGAGUCCUUCUGGUUUAUGGAAGCUAACCGUAGUCUGCAUGGUCUUCACAGUUAUGAUGGGUGGAGAAAUUGUAUUUCAUUUUUGCUCUGACUUAUUUGUUAUCCCUCUCAUUCUCGCUGUCUUUUCUUAUGUCCGUCUAUUCCUGUUUCGUGUUUGGCCAGCUUUCAGAAUGGUGUGCCUAUCACUUAAGAAUUGGGAGUUUUGGGAGAUUAUUAACAUUGUAUUUUUGGUGCUAUCCUUUCUCAAAAAUAACAAUACUCUAAAUAUGAUGCCUGUAUUCUGUGCCUUUUUAGUAAUAAAGAAAAUGUGAAAUACAUUGA